AUGCCAAAUUUUCAAAACUCUUUUUCUGGCCGUUCGGAAACCGAUUCUGUGAUGAACGACUUGAGUAAUAAAGUUGCCAUUAAGGUCUUCGAUUGUAGAAGUGCCCAGGAUGGCAAUGAAGAGCAGGGUGUUAACGUUACUACAAACCAAACGUAUUUAAUGUUUCAAAGUAACAAUUUUAAUGUACCGCAGCCGGCCUAUAACUCCAAUAGUUUGGGCUCUCAAGGACCUUCAACGCAGGCAUAUUACGCGCCAUUCCAAGCUCCAGUUCACCUUCAGCCUCCCAUGCCCCCUGUAUAUAGAAACAGCGCAUAUUCCACCACAGAUCAGUAUAGCGACUCGUCGUUUCCUAACACAUCUAGUCAUGGAUCAGUGAUCGAUAACAACUAUUAUACUGAUGCCUUGAAUUCUAUACCUACGACAACAACUGGCAGUACCACAAUGACUGCAGACAAUGGUGAUACUAUCGAUGGUGAGGAUUAUAUCCAUAACAUGGAAGCCUUCAACAAUAAUGACAACGAAAAUAUCGAUAAUCUAAAGCGAACUGCACUGAAAUCUGAACGAGACCCAAAUCUUCUUUCAGCAGCGUCAAUUGUGAAAAAAGAACAGCUUUUCGAUGACCUACUUCCUUUAUCGAAGAAUGAGUCAGCCUUAGUCACUGCAGAUGAGAUGAAGACUUCUCUGAGUCUGGAAAAUCUUGACGAUGACAAUACCGAUAGCAAUGAUAACGAAAUAAUGGAUGGUAAUGAUCUGAGCUUUAAGCUAAGAACUUCCCCCAUGCGGAAACAUUUCCAUGUAACUCCUAAAAGAAUAAAAAGGGUGAGAACUGGUAGAGUUUCGCACAACAUAAUUGAAAAGAAAUACCGUUCCAACAUCAACGAUAAAAUCGAGCAAUUAAGGAGAACUGUUCCAACGUUAAGAGUAGCUUAUAAAAAAUGUAAUGAUCUUCCCAUUACGUCCAGAGAUUUGUUAGGCUUAGAUGGUCUAGAACCAGCUACGAAACUAAACAAAGCAUCCAUUCUAACGAAAUCUAUCGAAUACAUUUGUCAUUUGGAAAGAAAAUGUUUACAGUUAAGCUUGGCUACCCAGCACUUAUCAAACGAUACGCGCGAAUCAUUUGUUCAACUAACCCAAUCACCUCAUUCCUUGAUUGAUAAUAAUAGCGCUAAUGAACAAAACACAAACUGCCAGCAGCAGCGGCAGCGACAAAAACAACAACAACCAUUGCGUAACAUUCAAUAUAAUAUUCCACAUCAAAACGGCCUCAUGACUGGCACUGACAAUUCACAUGAUAUGGAUUUUAACAACGCAGGAGACCUAUAA